AUGAGAAUUCGUCUACAACCUUGUUGCCAUGGCAGCGAAACUAACUCAUCCCAUCCAUCCCAUCCAUCCUCCUCUCUCCCACACCUCAACCACCCAUCCCCACCUCAUAGAGAGGUCUUCGAAUUCGUACUCGAGCUCGCCAUCGAACUCGCAGUCGCAGUCGGUGCAUUCGUACUCGUCGAAGCUCUCGAAGCAUUCAACGAAGCAUUCAACGAAGCAGCAGAAGGCGAAGCUGUCAACUUGGGACCAAGAGCAGCCGAGAAAGCCAGCGGAACCAUUCCUCCAAUUCCCCCUCUCGUGUUCCUCUCGAGCUGCGCCGUGCGGGAACAAGACGCGCCACGGCCGUGGUGGAAGCCAAGAACGAACGAACGGGCAGGGGGGAAGAAAGUGCUGCUGUGGUGCUGCUCUGGGUGUCGUGCGUCGCGGUGUGUAGGUAGCUGGCUAAGGGGGAGGAAGGGGGUUAUGUGCUUCGGGGUCUUGACUCGACGCGGUUUAAUGGAAUGGCCUUCUCUGCUGGAUCGGAAGGGUUGGAUGAUUUGCGCGCUCUUGAUUCCUUUCUCAUACAUAUAUACGCACGUCUCCGUCUUAGUCGCAUCGUACCUCUACUUGAAUACUUCCGCUCGGGGAGAUUGCAGUGCGGCCUACAUGGGUGAAUCUGGAGUUGUUGUUUUUUGGCUGCGUUUAGGCAUCUGCACACAGGGGUUUGUUGCUCGAGGGUUGGAGCGCGGAUGA